AAAUAAAUUUAUAGUUUUAUUUACUAAACCUAUAAUAAAUCAAACAAAUAUGAACAAGAUUGUGUUGAUCUGUUUGCUCAUAACACUGAGCACUCUAUUCAUUUCAAAUGUGUCGGCUAACUAUUCCGAAGAAGACAUCAAAAAUAUGAAAAUGAUAUUUUGUGGCACGUGUAAGGAUGAGGCCGUGCGUAAGGAUCUCAUGAAUUACGCUAAAUGUGCGACAAAAUUGUUCCCUGAGAUCACCCAAAAGGUGAUGGCGAUUAGGGCGGCCAAGAAGGACGACAUCGACGGCUGUUUCACCGAUGUUAUGGCCCUAUUCCAAGACUUCAUGAAGACCAAUCCAGAUGCCUCCAAAAAGGGUGAGGAGUGCUUCCACGCUAAUGUCAAAAUGGAGGACCUCAAGAAUUGUCAUUAGAAAUAACUGAACUAUUUAACAAUCAGAAUAUUCUGUAUUUUUGUGAUAAAUAAUUUUCUAUAAUAGUUGCAUG